AUGGACACCUCCACGCUCCUCUUCAUAGCAGCAGCACUCACAGUCUUUCUCUUCUUGAAAUGGAUGAUCCAGCCCAUUCCGCAAGAGACAGAGUUCCUCAACCACGCCACAGGCGCAACGAGAUCGACCCCCAACAACGAGCAUAACCACGCCUCCACAACCGCUACAGCAGGCUCAACCACCUCCGCCACGUCGCGCAGGAACAGACGGCCCGUAACGGACUCCAUGAUCGAAGUAGUGCAAGCAAUCGCGCCCCAGCUCACACCAGAACAGAUCCGGUACGACUUGGAACAGACGGGCUCCGUGGAGUUGACGAUUGAUAAGUUCAUGGAACAAGGCACCUUGCCCUUCCCGCCCGAUUACGUUCCUCCAGCUCCCGCGGAGGCUCCUGGGGCGGCGGUGAAGCGCGAGACGGGGGCGUUGGACGUUGAGAGGAAUUUGUUUAAGCGGUACGGCAUCGAUGUCGAAAACCCGGUGUUGGACUCGGAUGACGUGUUGACGAAUCGGAGAAACAAGAUGAUUGUUGAUGCGAGAGCUCGGUUGGCUAAACAGAUGGGAUAG